CAAAACAUAACCGUAAAAAUUUCAUCACGUCCUUGUCGCCUUGUCUAAAAUUUUGAGUUUAUCAUUAUGAAGUAACUGUGGUUUUGUUUCAAUUAAAUGUCCCCUUCAUUACUAGCCAUCGUUUCAAAGAAGUUAUGUUUUUCCACAAGUCUUCACUUGAUUUCCGCCUCUCAGUGUUGAUUUUCAUACUUCCUCAAAUCGUAUCCACGUCUUUCUUCGUAAGCUCUAAGGUUUUUCCCCUUUUAGUCCUUAUCAUGAACCACUAGAGCUUUUCUAAUAUGAAUCCUGACAAAAGAGUAGGAUCCAAUUCGGCCAAAAAUGAUACGAAGCAUAGAGACUACCUCGUACAGCAGGAAAAGCUACGAAGUAUGGCACACUCUACAACUGCUGUCAAGGCUUUGGAUGCAGACAGAAUGAUAGAGAACCUUCUGUCCAGGAGUGAAACUUUUAUGAAACAGAAAGGCUCCACACAUACGGGCUUACCUGCAUGGCUGAUUUGUGGAUCAAGUUCCUUACCUAAGGUGUACAGGAGUGUUUGGCUGAGUGCUAAGUCAAAAAGUACAACAGGACCUCAAGAGUUUUGCGAUACCCAGUUCCUAACAUCCGUCUUAUUGACAAGUGGCAUCUCAACAGAAUGUCUUGGCCAUAUCUGGGCCUUGUGUAAUAAAACGGCACCUGGUCUUCUGACGGAGCAAGAGCUGUAUCAAGUACUGGCUCUGAUUGCCUUAGCACAGCUUGGCAGACCAUGGAACAGUAUCACUGUUUUACAAAAACUGCAGGAGCCGGUAGUUCCAUGCCUCAACUAUAAUUUACUUGCAAUGAGCCCCACAGCACCUGACCACGGAAUUCAUUCAACGUACUUACCAAACAGAAUGGCAAUGUCUAUUCCUUCACCGGUGCAGACGUUCCAAAACACCACUAACACGGUCUUAUCAAAUAGUAAAACAUCAUUGGAACUAAACCCAUCUUUACUUGAAUCAAUGUUGAGUAAUAAUCUCAGUCAAAAGGUAGCAACAUUCACAUCGUCAAACCCUCAAAUGAACAAUCUGCCAAAUAAUUUGCCUCAAAAACACAGUGAUAGUGAUUUUUCAGACAGUUGGACGGACUUUAUUGAUCAUACUGCCAGUGUAAACCAGUCAAACCCAGGUUCUAAUGUUACUCCGAUUGGCUCCUCCAUAUCAUUCUUGACUUCCCUAGAUUCCUCCAAGAGUAUUUCUUCAAAAGAUGUAACCUUUUCUGAUAGUGCAAAUCAAAGUGAUUUUGGGGGUUUCAACAAAAUCUCUCUAUCUAAUCCCAUUCGUGAUAAUUCAAAAAAUACUGCUGUACCUAAUCUGAGCAUGCCUAACGACAUUAUGACAGACUUAACAUCUUUAACCUUACCACCUUCAAACAUUUCACAAACUGAAAAAAGUAAUGAGAAUGAUGAUGAGUUCACAGAUUUCCAGAGUUUUGAUAGUAACAGCGCCAAAUCACAGAUUAACUUGGCGUCAACUGAAGUUGUCAGCUCAAAUAUUGAAAGUCUAAUGACCUUAAGUUUAGGAAAUGAUUCCUCCUCAAAAGCAGCACCUAAAAUAGAAGUGAAGAAUGGAUUUUCAUCUAACGAGAGUGAUGAAGUCAUUUAUGGUCAGAAAGGCUAUGUCGUAGAAAAUCCUUUGUACCUCUCCGACAAUGACUCUAUUUAUGACAGCAACUCUGUCAGAAGCCUUAAAUUCGAUUCUGUCAGUUUAGAUGCAGAUUCUAGCCAAGGAAUGGGUCUAAACUUUCUUUCAGCACCAGUUAAUGAUACCAAAAUCAUCCAAAAUAGUGAAUCAGAAAAUAAAAGUUUGCCAACUCCCCAGUUCAUCCAAGUGCCCAGUUUAAUCUCUGGCAAGGUGUCAGAAGAUAAGUAUAGUGUGUUCAGAAUGUUGGAGAUCGAUGAAAACCCCCAAAAGGAGAUGAAAAUUGAAGAAGAUGAGUUUGGCGAUUUUUUGACGGCAGAUUUUACAGAACCAAAAGAUGAAACACCCAAAUCUCAGGAGAGUAUUCUAGACAGCCCAUCGCCAUCUUUCUUUUCAGAGCCCAUUGUCAGUGGAGAUCAUAAAACUAAUACUGAUCAUCCAAAAACUCAGUCAUUACAGGAAACUUGCAUGAAUGCUUGCAUAUCAGUGCUCAGGAAUGCUGUGGAAAAAUUCUCUAGUCUUAACCCAGAUGUUUUAAAACUUGUCCUCUGUGAAGACAAGUGCAUCGAUUAUAUUCAAGCUUUAACUGAAAUCUACAGGAUUGCAGAGAAGAUGAUCCAAAGCGUGAAUAAUGAACUCCACAAGGAAGAUUUAACGAACGUUUGGAAAGACUUAAACUCCUAUGUAUCAACCAAAUUUUCAAUUGAAGAAUGUGAAGAAGAAAAUGAUUAUGACUGCACUUUAUGCAAUUCUAACUCUGGUUCAGCCGUCAUCAAAUACGGAACAUCCUAUUAUCAUGUACCAUGUAUUAAUUUCUAUUUGAACUGUGUCGAUUGUAAUUUACCAGAUUAAAUUAAGUAGCCUUUCCUGAAGUUGGAGGUCCAAUUUUUUUUGUUGCGAAACGGUCGAAUCUUAAACAAAUAUUUCUUAAAGAUCUCAUGACCUCGCUCAGAAUGUCAAGGGCUCUCGGUGAACUGUUAGACGAGGUACAAGCAGAGGCGAUUCUGGCAAGUUGGCAACACUGUUUUUUCUUCUCUUAAAUGUAUGUUAAACAAUAGAUGAUAACAAUUUUAAUGAGAAUACGUCGGGUUUGGAAAUCUAAUUCUUACACUGUCGUGUGGUCCGGUUGGGAAAAUCUUUUAGUGUCUCUCAUGGUUGCCAAUAAAAUAUCUUACUAUUUAAGACACAAUAAAUGAAUCAGCACUAUGGACAGAAGUAAAGCAUCCAAUUUUCUAUGAAGACCAACUUCUCUUACCAUUGAAAAAUCAUACUGUUUUUCUUUGAGAUUCGACACAGUAAGUGCCAUUGAUAUUAUUACAGAUCUGAUGACAGUUCCCAGAUUAUUGCACGCAGAAUUUGCCCUCUUUACAUCGUCCCUUGAAGAAAAAUUUGGAUAGUAUGGUAUGUGAUAACAUAGCCUACAGAUUAACAGAGAAAAAAUAAGGGCCGUGGUUAUUAGAUCCAUAGGUAGUUUCAGAUUUCACCAGAUAAUUUCUUGGAAAAAUAAUGGGGAUUUGAAGUAAAGUGUAAGCAUUUAUACUAGAUUUUUUGACUUUCUGCAUCUAGGUUGAAAGAACACAAACUUGUCCUGUCUUUUAGAUAGCUAGAAACCCUGCCUCUAUGAUUAUGCACAUACUUAAUGAAUUUGUCCCAUUCUAUCAGAAUAUGUAUGUAAUGAAAAAAAAAAUUCACCAGGAGUAUGUAAGCUCUUGAUCCAACAGGAGCUAAUGGAUGUUUGAGGCAGAAAAAUUGAUUUUUGUUGAUCUGUCAAAGCCUUAAGUAAAAUCAAGAUUUGCUAAAGAUGGAGAGAUCUAGCAAAAAAAUUUCAACACUUAUGCACAUAAGUAAACUAAUGGUACAGAUGCCGUUUCUUAACAGAACCAGAAAUUGAAGCCCCAAAUUGCAAAAUGUCGUCAGAUUGACUCAGCUUGAAAAAUUUAUGGAUCUGGAAGCCAAAAAAAAAAGUCUAGAAGUUUGCCUCCAAGGUUCCAAGAAAAUGUUUCAAAAAGUAUUGUAGGUUCCUUCGGAAAAGUAGAAUACACUAAAAACUAGAAUAUAGUAGCGCAUCUAAAUUAAGUAUACGGUGGCUUUUCAGUAAAAUUUGAAAAAAAUCGACCUAAAACGGAACCACACUUGCCUCAUUAUAGAACUCCUGAAAUGAACAGCUCAUUUUCACAUUUGUUCAUUUUCAAGACAUGCAAGUCAGUGAGAAGUCGAGACCUGAUGAAUUCUCUGAAAAUUCAGUAAAUGGCAAACAUGAUCUCUGAAUUAUUAAUUAUCGCUCAUCAUUAAUACAAAAAGGAUCUUCGUUGCUGGCUGAGGGGCUGUUCAUAAAAUAUGUAACGCUCGAGAGAAGAGGGGAAUUGAGUAGAGCAUUGCGUCACUUCAUUUAUGUGUGUCAAAGGAUAGGAAUCUUAGUCACAAAAACGUUACAAUGGAGAAGGGAUGGAGUCGAAAAAUUUAACAUUCAGCCAAAUAGAUUUUAUGAAUGGCACCUCAGCAAAAUCUGUCCGGUGGUGGUCCGAAAAAAGUUUGGAAAUAGUCAGGAGAAGGUUCAAAUUUUUUUCCCUGCGAUUCUGUAGACACCCUAUUUUGACCCUUAUUGUUGGAUUACAAUUCCUAUCGCUACUUUUAUAUUUUUGAAAAAAGUGAUUGUUAUCAUUUGUGUUAAAUAUAUUUUGUUAUUAUUUUCGAAAAA